GAUAGUCCAGGGUUCUGGUGACAGAGAACAGAUUCCGGAAUUCUUCUUGUGUUUGGGUGCCACUGUCUAGAAGAAGUCAACCAACAUGAUGGAGCAAAGCCCCUUCACUCUUGGGUGGAAGUCGCCAUGCUUGGCCGUUUUCUUCCUCAGCUCUAAUUUCCUGUUGACUCAUGCCCAGGUAACCCAAUACAGUCUCCCCGUUUUCAUGAGCCCCUCCAAUGCCAUCGAAGGGCAGGGAGUCAAUUUAACCACCGGCUCUUCCCCGACUGCCUUCUUUAUUUGCAACUGGUAUCGAGGGACGGAGAUUAAAAAAAACUUGAUCGUCACCGUCUACCUGCCUCCUUUAAAUGGGAACGUCUUCGGACCUGCCUACACCGGGCGAGAAACUGCAGAUAAAAACUGCUCUCUCUUCGUGGACAAUCUAAAGCAGGAUGACUCUGGAACCUACACAGUGACUAAAGAUGGACCUUCGGUCCAUGGAAGAGGAGACCUCAACGUAGAGGUUCUAGCUCCGAGCUUACUGCCCAAGCCGAGCAUGUCCAUCGUCCAGCUUUUCCGAGAGAAUAUGGAUUCUGUCCACCUCAAGUGUGACACAACUGUAAGAUCUGCAAAUAUCAGCUGGCUGAGGAAUGGGAAAGCCCUCAGUUCCAGCCUCCGGAUCCAGCUGUCCAAUAAUAACCAGACGCUCACCAUACAGCCCGUUCUCCGUAAUGAUGCUGGCGCAUAUCAAUGUCACAUUUCCAAUCCUUUAUCUGCUCAAAGGAGUGACACCACCACCAUUUCUGUGAUCUAUGGCCCAGACCCCCCUGUGAUCAAGAUGACUGCGAAAUUUCUCACUCGGCCGACCAACCGGAAGCUCAACUGCAAAGCCAGCUCGUUUCCCGAAGCAGAAUAUCGCUGGUUCCACAACGGGAAGGAGUUCAGCGAGAAAGCUGAAGUUCUUCUCAAGAACAUUCAGUCGGGGAGUUACACCUGCCAGGCGACAAAUCCUUUCACUCACCGGAAGGAAAACACCACUUUAGAGAUUGAGUAUAUAAAAGCAGGAGUAUUCUUGGUGGUACCAGGUUUAGUUCUGAACAAAAGAACAGGAAGAUUUACCAGUCACCCAGCGCGGAGGAAGUCACCUUGCCUGAUGGAUAGUGUACGCAGUAACCUUGGAUGGAGAAGCUCCUGGUGGAUGGUGUUUUGGGCAGGUGCCAUCCUCCAUGGUAGUGUCCAUGUGGCUCAAGCGAAUGAAGACAUUGUUAUUGAGGCAGUUCCUCCAAAUCCAAUGGAGACGUCUGAAGUCCUGUUGAAGCCACCAACUCCCCCAGGGGGUACUAUCUUUUGCUCCUGGUCCCGUCAGCCAACGGGGGCCGAUCCGCUAGAAAUCGUGACGCUGCUAUUUAGUCAAAGUCUAAACAGCACUGGACCAGGAUAUACUAAGAGAGAAACGGUCUACUCUGACUGCUCCCUUCGCAUUAAGGAGCUAACAUUAAGUGACACUGCAAACUACCUGCUGACCGUAGCAGGAGCUACAAUUUCUAAUGGGAAUAUAAGAUUAGAAGUCAGCGAGUUUGUGCCGAAGCCAAAUGUGGUUAUCUCGCCAUCCCCUUUCAUUGUGGAAUUCCAGGCCGUUCAGCUAUACUGCAAUUCAACCUUCACUCAGAGCGUUAGGUGGUUGAAGGAUGGACAUCCCCUGCCCCAAGAGUACAACUGGACCCUCUCCAUUGACCCUGCAACUCGGGAGCACACCGGGGCGUACCAGUGCCAAGUCUCCAAUGGUGGCCUUUUAUUUACGAGUGAACCUGCAUACCUCAGUGUGAUCUAUGGUCCAGAGGUGCCUGUCAUCCAGCCAAACAACGUCUGUAAUAAAGAAGGCCAAACCAUCAUCCUCAACUGUUCGGCUGCUUCGUGUCCCGAGCCAAAGUACACUUGGUACCGUGAUGGUGCCAUUGUGGACUCUGGGCCCAAAUUAAUCAUUGAAAAUUUCAGCGAGAGCCAAGCCGGGAUCUACGUCUGCGAAGCCCUGAAUCAGCUUCUUCGCACACGGAACAACAGCAGCGAUCAGCACAUCCGCUUGGAGAAAAGUUGCGUACACAACGUCGCAAUCACUGGUCCAUCAGAAGGCACAGAGACUGAACUUAUCUCCUUGAACUGCACAGCCGAAGGUGACGACAUUUCGUAUUCUUGGUUCAAUGGAAGCCAGCCCGUGAUCGAAACUACACGUGUCCAUUUGAUAAACAACAACCAGACCCUUCUGAUUAACUCAUGUUAUCGAAGCGAUGCUGCUCAAUAUACGUGCAAGGCUUCCAACAGCUUCUCUUCGAAUGUCAGCGCUCCCCAUCACUUAGAUAUCAUAUAUGGACCUGACACUCCUUUUAUCAAUGAGACAGUUGACAUCAAUCUGGACAAAAUCACUCUAAGCUGCGUAGCUGUUGCCUUUCCUGACGCACACAUUCUGUGGUUUUACAAUGGAUUGCAAGUUGAGAAGAACCCCCUGGUGAUAGUUCUGGAUAUCAUCGCAAAGAAUUCUGGGAAUUAUACUUGUUGGGCAAUAAACCCCAAAUCUGGGCUGCAACGUGAGACCACUAUGGAGAUUGACAUGAUAGGAAGACUAAGAAGCUUAAACCGCCGUUGAGGGCACUGUUUCCAUUCUCUGAUUUCUGAGGCAAAUUGACGCUUCAUCUGUUUUUACAUCGUUGUAAAUUUUGAAUUUUUGAAAUCUACGUUGAAACCACCUUGUCGAGUUCCUGGGGGGGUCACCCCUGGCUCUCCAUUAAGAUUACAACAAUGGAUCAUACCAAUAUCCAGUUAUCAUUUGCAUUUCUGUAAUGAAAAAAUGUAUGCAGUUAUUCAAAUGCAUUGAGAAGUAUGGAAAUUUGCACUCAAUAAAUCGUUCUCUUUGGCAA